GCUUUAGGCUCGUCCCGCGGUCCUGCCCUCCCGGUCCUAGAGCGCUCCCUUCGCGGGUCGUGGGAUUUUCCUAGGUACGGGGACAGCGCUCCUCCUCCGCGCAGCACGCGCCACCCAUAGCUCCGGACAGUGGAGCAGAUAUCAGCCCAACACCCCAGGCGCGCGCAGCCCGCCAUGGACCCCAAGGACCGCAAGAAGAUCCAAUUCUCUGUUCCCGCGCCCCCCAGUCAGCUCGACCCCCGCCAGGUGGAGAUGAUCCGGCGCCGGAGACCAACCCCUGCUAUGCUGUUCCGGCUCUCAGAGCAUCCUUCUCCAGAGGAGGAGGCGUCCCCACACCAGAGAACCUCUGGAGAGGGCCACCACCCGAAGUCGAAGAGACCCAAUCCCUGUGCCUACACUCCCCCGUCACUGAAAGCUGUGCAGCGCAUUGCAGAGUCCCACCUGCAGACCAUCAGCAACUUGGGCGAGAACCAGGCGUCAGAAGAGGAGGAUGAGUUAGGGGAACUUCGGGAGCUGGGGUACCCAAGAGAGGAUGAUGAAGAAGAUGAGGAUGAGGAUGAAGAGGAGGACGAAGAGGAAGACAGCCAGGCGGAAGUCCUGAAAGGCAGCAGGGGAACUGUGGGGCAGAAGCUAACUUGUGGCAAGGGUCUGGAGGGGCCCUGGGAGCGCCCGCCUCCUCUGGAUGAGCCCCAGAAAGAUGGGAACUCUGAGGACCAAGCGGAAGACAGAGCAGCACUAAGUGAUCCGGGGGAGGAGCCUCAGCGCCCUACCCCUCCUGAGCCUGGCACAUAAGCUCUGGGUCGCCAUCUCCAGGAGGAAACCCACUCUGUCCCCACCCUACUUUGUACCCUUUCUUUCACCCGCUAGGGCUGCAGCUUCUGGCUUCUUGAAGACUAAGGCUGAUCUAUGUUUGCUUUGGCUGAAGCCCAGAGUCCCGAUGCCUCUCCCUGCCAGUCCUUCUUCUACUUACCCGGUGGGAGGGGGGAGGUGAGAGAGAGCCCACACUGGAAAACUCAGAAGGCCAGAAACAAACAUUCGCCCUUCACAAUUCUCCUCUCCAGAUUCACUCCCCUGGGUGCAGGAGACCCACAGGGCAGGACCCUAAGAUCUGGGGAAAGGAGUACCGAGAGCCUGCCAAGUGCCCUGAAGUCUCCUCCAUCCCUUCGUUCUAUGGGGGGCUUUGAGUUCCCAACUCCUCACAGACUUCUACCGGGGUCCAUGUCUCGGGAGUUUGUUUCCACAGCCUCAGCAUUUUGGAUGUCUUCCCCUGUUGUCCCAUUCCUGCUGGGUGCCUGCAAGUCGGACUGGCAGACGCUGCUUGUGUUUCAUUUGUGCUUUGGUGCCAGGAAACCCACUUAGUAUAUGUCCUUAGAGGGGCCACACCGUGGGGGCAGCUUGGUUCUCUUUUUCCUCCAGCUGCUUGGCUCUCUUCCCUCUUCCCUGACUCCAGGCCUGAACUCCUCCUAUGCUGUAAUAAACCUUUGUAAAUAAUU